UUGCUUUUUGCCGCUAUUUUGUAUUGAAGUCUAUGGGAAGCCUAGUUUGUUUUCUCCUAAAAAGGGGCGGUAACGAAAUUGACAGUUAAGUUCCCGGAUGUGCCGGUAGUGCGUAUGCCUGGAGCGUCUCGUUACGUAAUUAAUAUUCAUGAUGAGCUAAGUAGGUUUCUCGGAUGUUUGCAAGGAGUGCUUUGAAAACGUUGUUGCAAGUACUGCGCAUGUGCGGGUCUGACUGAACAACAUACAGCUUCCCUACCUUUGCCCAGAAAACGAUCUUGGCGAAACCCUUCGAAAGUGCACAACUUUACGGUUAUAGCAACUUAUUUAAAAUCACAUGCUGAUAAGAGCUGUUGUCACUUUCAUUUUCAGCUGGCAAUGAAAGCUGUUAUUUUAGCUGCAGGUUAUGGAACAAGACUGCAAAGGGAUAUCGAGAAUGACACUACUGGGAAUUUCAAGCAUCUGGGCGGCAUUGCAAAGCCGCUGCUUCAUGUUGGUCCAUGUGCACUUAUCUCACACUGGGUUCAGGCACUGACCAAAACACGAUGUGUGGACACAGUUUAUGUGGUUACCAAUGAUCUUUACCAUGAAGCAUUCCAGCAGUGGGCUCGAGAAUUCCCCAAUGUUACAAUCAUAAAUGAUGGUACAAGAAGAAAUGAGGACAGACAUGGUGCUGUUGCCUGUCUUCAAUUGACGGUCAAGUUGUGUGCUGUGGAUGACCACUUACUAGUUAUCGGAGGUGAUACUUUAUUCAAAGAGGAUUUCAGCCUGAGGAAAUUCACCGAGAGGUUCUUUGAAGUGCAAAAUAAAGACAAAGAGAGCAACCUAGUGCUGUCAUACCAAUGCAAGGAUGAGGAAACAUCCAAAUACGGGAUUCUGGAGUUGGAUGAGGACCUUAAAGUACAGUGUAUGAUGGAAAAACCUCUCUUGAGUGAAACAAGUUCACGUAAUGCAUGUCCUUGCUUUUACUUGUUUUCACGAAGCUCACUUCCACUUCUGGACAUUUUUCUUAGUGAGAAGAAGAAUGCACCCAUUGAAGACCAGGAUGCACCAGGGACCUUUCUUUCAUGGCUCAUAUUAAGGCCUGUGUAUGUGCACAGGAUAUCUGGUCGAUUUGAUGUGGGAAAUCUUCCAUCAUACAUAGAAUGUGACAAAUACUUCAAGAACCAACUUCAAAAUCCAUCUGUUUAUUUAAUGUAGUACAAACAUGUAAUGACAUUCAGAAUAAAACUGGCUUUCAAUUUUU